AUGUUGACUCAUGGAAGCACAAACCCAAAGACUUCAGUUCCUAGAACAGUAGGAGGCGGUAAUGCUCCUUUAGCUGGUUGCAAACCGCCGUUAAACAAGAAGAAGAAGAAGAAGAAGAAGAAGAAGAAGAAGAAGAAGAAGAAGAAGAAGAAGAAGAAGAAGAAGAAGAAGAAGAAGAAGAAGAAGAAGAAGAAGAAGAAGAAGAAGAAGAAGAAGAAGAAGAAGACCCUUCUCUUCCACUGUGAAAUGAGCAGAAAGUGA